UUUGCUAGUACAGCUCGAUUUAUUGAUGGACUUUGGGAUAACACAGAUUACCACGACGAAGUGGACGAUAAUUCAGAUGAUCCACCUGUAGACUGGCAAAAUCGCAUAGAUCCGGUUACCAUGAGUGCCCAUUUAUCAGAUUUUAAUCGACAAAGUUCAUUGGGAAAUGACAUCAUGUUUGCUGAUGCAAGCACCGGAUGGGGCGCUAAUACCACCUCAGGAAACCAAACGCUGGUUUUAUGGUCGAAUGGAAAGGUUCCUUACCAAAUCAGCGAGCUCUUUGCAUCCCAGGACAAGUUUAUUAUCCAGCAAGCAAUCUUGGGAAUUGAACGUAAAACGCUUCAUUGUUUGACAUUUACCCCGAGGAAUACCGAGCGAAACUAUAUUCACUUUAAGCCUGGAAACAAUUGCUCAUCCUACGUUGGUUUCCAUGGCGGAAUCCAGCCCGUAUUCUUGGAUCCAAAUGAAUGCAUAAAGAUAGGAAUCAUUCAGCACGAAAUUCUGCACGCACUCGGUUUGUUUCACGAGCAUAGUCGAAGUGAUCGCAACGCCAGUGUCAUAAUUUACGAGAGUGGGAUACUCGAAAACCACAUAUCGCAGUAUCGCAUUAUUCCUAAUAUGCCUACUUUCGGAACGGAAUACGAUGUGGAAUCCCUAAUGCACUACGGGCCAUUCGAGUUCGCUAAAUCAUCCGACCACCCGGUCAUCAUCCCCCGACAGCAAGGCAUGUAUCGCAUGGGGCAACGCGAGGGUUUAAGUGUGCGGGAUGCCGCUAAAUUGCGCAACGCCUACAAAUGUCAAGUUCGCCAAGAUUAUCAGCAAACCGGCGAAGAGGAACAACUAUUUCCCGGCUUCUCAUAUACACCGGUGAAGGCCGAGCAAUGUGCGCUACAAUUCUCGCGUUAUUGCAGAAAUCCUUUUGUCACCCGAGAGAAUUGCACGCAAAACCGAAUAUUAGAAAUCACCUGCGACAUAUCAGCAACGGAUACAGAUAUACGACUUGUGACAACUGCAUUGGGAGAACCGCCACUGAGACCCAUAACUGUGCAGCUUACGGAGCAGCAAGUGACGACGCAGGCUUUGUUCCCCGUUGAAAGACUGGUUAUUAGUUUGGUGAUUCAGCCGUGUUCCGCUCAUGAUCCAACGGCACAGCUACCACGGUUUUCCUUUGUUAACCUUCAGCAGCUUGAGUUGGUCAACUGUUGGGAUCUCCGAAUCAGGAAAGCUGAUUUUCAGCUUUUACCCAAGCUAAAAUUUAUUAGAUUUAUGAUGACCACAAUUUUGUACUUGGAAGAAGGUACCUUCACUAAUUUGCUCGAACUGCAAGCCAUUGCAUGGCACGAAAAUCUUUCGAAGAGUUUUCCAGUCAGUAGUGCUGAUUCUUUUAGUUAUUCCGGGACUGAUCAUUUAGCGGCUGUUAGAAUGCGAAGCUAUUUGAAGCGGAUCCACUGCGAUUGCGAAUACAAGUGGUUGAGAAAGUGGCUUAAAGACAAGAACAUGCUUAAAGGCUCGCCGGCGAAUUCAGACUAUUUCUACAACGUCGUUAACGGCGGCAACAUAGAGAUAGAAUUAAAUGAUGUCUACAUUCCAACUGACUGCGCUGUGACAUCCUUCCCGGCUGACUUGAGCAUGAUCAACAUUAAUUAAACCGAGUUCUCUAUCAACGAACCACACUGCUCACCAGGCAUUACCAAUACCUCCUACGACGACCUCAAACUGCGGCCAACUUUCUCUUCCUCUCCAGCUGGCGUUGCACAAUGCUACAUGCAAUUUGGACGGUCAUGCAAGCCGAGCGCUCUUCUUUUUCUGCAUCCAACCGACGAUACAGAAAUGCUGGCAGCAAAGGAGAAGUAUUGCCAGCAAUUUAAUCUUGAAUCGACCCGUCGUUUAAGUAUUGGAUGCUGGUCUAACAGCACGGUGAGGGAUGUGCUGGAAGUAAGUUCCGCUUUGGCCAAACCGCCGACACGCGAUGUGAUUUUGACGUUGUAUGACGGGGAGUACAUCGUGUACCGUUCGUUCGCGCCGGUCAGAAGCCAGGUCUCCGCCAUGCAGGUUCUCGAAUGCGUCGGAAAUCGUCCCACAGCCUACCUCAGGUUUCUCAGGAUGAGUAAUCUGGACCAGUUUACGGUCUUUAACUGUCGGGAUGUUGUCGUACAUUCCGAGGACUUUACAGCGGCUCCUGAUAUUCGUGUUCUAUUGUUUGCCAUGACAACGGUUGUCUCCGUUACGCCCUUCACCUUCAGCACUUUACCCCACCUCCAGAUUCUUUCUUUAGAAUACAAAAUAAGCGAAAUAUUUCCCGAUGGACUGCCACCCGACUAUCAUCAGUAUCUUCUUAAGCUUCAUUGUGAUUGUGAGUUUUUCGAGUAUCGUAACUGGAUACAGUCGCAUAUUAUCGAUAAGACGCGCAUCUGGUAUGUCGAUGACAUCGUUGGCUCGAAUAUCACUGUGCAGUCGGUUUGCAAAGAUACCGCAGUAUGACAUGCCGGAGCGAUGAUCGCUACGUUGAAGCCCAGAAAUUUGGACGUUGGAAGAUUAGAGGGGUGGGCCUGUCUAAAAAAGGAGGACGUGUUUCUAUCUGUUGACUGCUGGGAUGCACUAACUAGCCGUACUCAACCUGCAAUACACUACCACCAGAGAAACUACUCCAUCAAUACUCCAGUAUGCAGCAAGGCUGCCACACCGACCUGUUGUUCAUCGAUAUCGCAGAAAUGCUGCAGUAAUACAACCAAGAUGACACAAAACGCUUCCACUCCCGAUUGGAUGGUGAGCCUGAAUCAACAAGUUGUUAAAGAGAGACGAUCUGAACUGACUGCAAUCGCAGUUGAUGCAACCGGCAGGUUGUACCACUAUGACGAUCAAGCACUGAGUGAGGAUCCUUCUCUGGAAACCGGAUAUUUACCGCACGAGAAGUUCUGGCCAAACAAUGGCAUGAACAUCCCUUAUUUAAUUAGCGAUAGCUUUGAUAAUGCCGACUCUGCCGAAAUUCAAGAGGCGCUGAUUUCUGUUUCCGACCAAACUUUGCGUUGUAUAACCUUCAAGCCGAGGUUGAAUGAAAGUGACUACAUUAUGUUUUUGCCAGGAAACCGAUGCCAAUCACACAUCGGUAAGCAGGGCGGUCAGCAAAACAUCUCUUUGACGCCGGCGUGUGUUUUCCGCGGUGCCAUACAGCAUUUACCUCUCCAUGCACUGGGACUAUUUCACGAGCAUCAUCGAGCCGAUCGUGACGACCACUUGUACAUUUUCCUGAACAGGACGGAACUUCCAAAGGACAGCGCCGUGUUUCGCAGACUUCCAAACAUGUCAAAUUACGGAACAGCCUACGAUUUGGAGUCGAUCAUGCAUGUCGGAGCAUUUGACUUUUCAAGCCCUGAACAGCCGGAUCUUCCGGUAUUCCUUCCCAAAUUAACUCGAAGCGAAAAACGUAUUCACAUGGGGCAAAGACGCACUUUGAGUGCGAAGGAUAUUGUCAAGCUCCACACUGCCUACAACUGCACGAUGCUGAGAACUACUCAUACGCAUACUACGGAGCCACUUCCUCAUGUGCGCAAAGUUCCGAACUCCCUGGACAUGUGCACGACUUUAUCGAAAUUAAAAUGCACUCGUCAAACGCUACUGGAAUGUACCCAGAUGAAGGCAUUCGAACUUGUAUGUGACAGAAGCACUACUCCGGAGGACUGGAUAACCGCCGCCUUGACCGUAGCUAAAUUUCCCCUAAGCGUCAUCCAGUUGAUUCUGGCAGAUAGUCUUCAGAGGGACAAAGCGCCCAACGCAUUUCGACCUGUUCGGCGGCUAGUAGUUGAUGUGUCGAUCUUUAUGUGCAGGGACUGCCGUUGUACAAAUGUGCUUCCUGUUCUCGGCUUUGUGAAUCUAAUCAGUUUAAAAAUCGCUUUCGGCAACGGUUUGAUCUUGAAAAAAGCAGACUUUCACACGCUAAGUAAUCUACAGAGUCUGAUCUUCUUUAUUACAACGAUACACAGUCUCGAUGUGGGAACGUUGAGCAAUCUGCCCCGUCUGCGAUUGCUGAGCAUGGAGAUCGGUGUCCUCCGCAAUGAUUCAUCUGAGAUCAAUACACUAAUGAGCACCAGCCAUCGCCUGCAAUACCUUUACCAGUUACACUGCGGCUGUGAAUUUGAUGAUUUUCGCCUGUGGCGAAACAACAACCAGGCGCUUCACUGGAGCUUGGAGGAUGGCGAAAUUGUUGCACUGGGUGGCUUCUUGAAUUUUGGUCAGUUCGAGAAAGGCGACCUGUUCUAUCCGGUAGACUGCUCGGCACCCCUUACACUGGAUGUGGACAAAUUUAUCAAGUUUAAUCAACAAGCGUACUCCGUUAACGAACCUUCUUGUGAUGGAUGGACCGCACCAAAUACGCAGUCCUGUUUCACUUACAUGUCUCCUUGCAAGAGCUGUAGUGGAUCCGCAACUUAAACGAGAGCUUCUCGACCGGAGCACAGCGAAGGUCCUUUAAUUCAGCAAAACCGAAAAAGUGUCUGUCUAUCACGCUGUCUGUUUGUCCCGGAAGUGCCCCGAUGACAUCUUUAGCAACUGUCCCUGAUAACGUCACCCAGUCCUUAAAAUUUACUGGGUAAAUGAAGUGGUCAUACUGCCAUACUUGUGCACUGCACAAUCCCUCGAACGAAAGUAAAAUGGAAAAUCAUUAAAUUUUUCUGUACCGUAGAGAUUCUGUGAGACUGUGGCUCGG